AUGGCUGAAAUUCCCAAGUCAGAACACAGCUGGAAUAAACCAUCCCCACCUUCAUUCCAAGCCCAGGCAGGGCAGGAACACGUGUCCCACAGGCCCGUCCCGCCCCAUGGGUUCGUCCCGCCGCCCGGGAAGGGCCGCGCCCGUGGGAAGCCGCGCGACGGGACCGCUCUCACCUGCCGGCGGGGCCGGGCCGGGCCAGGCCCUCAGGGCUGCGGGCGGCGGGACGGCCGCGUCUCCCCGGUGACGGCCCCGACCGGCGCCGCCAUCUUCGCUCCCCGCCCUCCCGCCGCCGCCCCGGCCGCGCCGGCCGCGCACUGCGCAGGCGUGGCACCGCCCCGGAAUCACGUGACAUGGGAGGGACGGGACCGGUCGAGUCGCCAUGAUGGGAAGGUCAACGCUUCGCACGGGGCGCGGCCGCCAUGUUUGACGGGUCCCGUCGCCAUCUUGGGAGCGGCGGGGGGGCGGUGCCGCCAUGUUGGGGAGGAGGCGCCGUCGCGCAGCCCCCAUUCCAACCGCCCGUUCCCGCCCUUUGGGCGCGGUGCGCGUGCGCUGCCGGGCGCAGGGGGCGGGGGCGGCGCGCGCAUGCGCGGGGCGCGGGCCCGGCGGCGGACGGGAAUUAAAAUGGAAGAUGAGGAGGUCGCGGAGAGCUGGGAGGAGGCGGCCGACAGCGGGGAAAUAGACAGGCGGUUGGAGAAGAAGCUGAAGAUCACACAGAAGGAAAGAGCCGGGUCUUCCAGACGGGAUGUAGCUACAGCUUUGGGGAAGCCUUGUAAGAAAAAGCCUCUCCCAGGAAGAAAUGGUAGAAAGUCCAAAUCUCCUCCCAAAGUGCCGAUCGUGAUCCAGGACGACAGCCUUCCCUCGGGGCCUCCCCCCCAGAUCCGCAUCCUCAAGAGGCCCACGACCAACGGCGUCCUCAGCACACCCAACGCGGCCAGCCGCCCGGCCUUCCCAGUGAAAUCCCUGGCACAGAGGGAGGCGGAGUACGCCGAGGCCAGGAAACGCAUCCUGGGCAGCGCCAGCCCCGAGGAGGAGCAGGAGAAGCCCAUCCUGGACAGGCCCACCCGGAUCUCGCAGCCGGAGGACACCCGACAGCCCAACAAUGUGAUCCGGCAGCCGCUGGGCCCCGAUGGCUCCCAGGGCUUCAAGCAGCGCAGAUAAAGGCGGAUGUGCCGCGGUUCCGCCGUUCCGGAAAGCCGGGCCCCCGGCACGGACACACGGACCUGGGCAAGGGGGAUUCCCGGCAUGAUUUGCACUGUGACCCCUUCGCUCUGCCCACUGUGACCUUCAGCCCCACGCACUGUGACCUCCCCUCUGCACCCACUGUGAGCGGCGAUCCCGAGGGCUGUCCCGAGGAUCCAGCGGGAGAAGGAGGGGGGUGCCGGACUCGGGCACCGGGAGCUGCGUGUGCCGCUCGGGUCAGGGCUGGCGCCAGCAAUAACGUUUGUUGUACUCGAAACCCUGGCAUUUAAGGAAAAAAAAAAGAUGGGAAGUGUCCCCAGCCACGCAUGUUGUCCUCAUCACUUCCAGAGCGAGUUCUGUUUCCGAGGAUUUUGGGUUCUUCUGUUUGAUUUUCUGUUUGUUUUCUCUGUCUGGGAUUGACUGAGUGCGUGGGAAGGGUUUGACCUGUUUGUGUUAAUCCACAGAGGUAGUUCAGUGUUCCCAAAGGAAUUCCAAUGGAUUUCCAUGAGUUGAGUGGCUCGGGGUUGACAAGCUCUUGCUUCUCCUUCCGAAGAAUUGGACUCCUGGAUCCCCCGGGGUACCUCGGAGCCAGACCUGGUCCACGCCUCGCUCCUGUGCAAGCUCGGCUCCCUUUUCCUGCUGCUUUGAGGAAAAGCUUAAAACACCCCUUGGUUGGGCUCUUUUAUGUCUUGGGGAGAAGGGAAUGUGGAGUGAUCCCGUGAAAAUUCCUGCUGCCUGGCCACAGAGGGCCAGGUAGUGAAGAAUUUGGGAUAUGUGGUGAGGAGGAGAAUAUCCUGGAACGGAGAGCGGGAUGUCCAGAGGGUCCAACCCCACAGGGACGGUACGAGCUGCGUUUGCCUCCCGGAAUUCCAGACACUGGGAACAAACCCAGCCUUGGAGAGAGCCUGGAUGAUCCCUCCAUCUUCAGGAAAGGGAUUGUCCUCCUCCAGCUCCCAGGAAGAGGCCAGGGAGCCGGUGCUCCACAAGAACAGGGAUGUUCCCCCCUGGAUGAAGCUGAAUAUCAAGGGUUGAGAUGAACACUAAAUGCUGCUCUCGGAGGGGACCUGGAAUUCCCUGUGUGGUUCCCGGUGGAUUCCCAGCAGAUUCCCGGGGUCUGGGUGCUGCCUUCAGUAGGUUCAAGGGUGAACAAGCCAAUCCUGAUGUGGUGUCCAUGCAGGGCAGCACUUCCUGCAUGGAAAUACGGCUUAAAUCCCACAGGAACGGGAAAAGAAAAACUACCUGUGCAUCCCACGGAUCUGCCGGAGCUCAGUGAGCUCCUUAAGGCCGAUUGCAGGUGGGGCAGGAUUCCCUCGGGAUUCCCCCGGGAUCCCCAGCCCCCAGUGGUUCGGGGGGUCUCAGUUUUCCCCCCUGGCUGGUGGUCGGGAUGAGCUCCGGGAGGGAGCGGGAGGAGAGAAGGACGUCAGCAAUAACCGCAGUCACCGCGCCUUUCCUUAACUAUUCCCCCGAACCCCACCGAACAGCCAAAAAACCCCAAACCCCCCUGGCUCCCGGUGGGGCUGGGCAGUGUUCAGCCACUGCCUCCUCCAGCACCGGAAUCUCCGUGUCCGGCACCGAAAUUCCAUCCCCGGCACCGAAAUCUCCCUUUUCCGGCACCGAACUGUCCUUUUCCAGCACCGAGAUCUCCUUCUCCGCCCCGGCCUCCUCCCGGCCGCUCCAUCCCGGUGCCCAGGAUACGUCCCGCCCGCGGGCAGGGCUCGGCGUUCCUGCGGGAAGCGCCCGCGUCCCGAGGAGGGCAGGAGGGACACGGUACCCGCGUGUUUGCGCCCCACAGACGUUGCGCCGGAGAGAAAAACGUUUUAUAAAUUGUAUUUUAAAUAAAUGUCUUUAAACUUUUAAGGA